AUGGUGGGGUUUAAGAACAGGUUCAUGUUGAUGGAGGUUUAUCUCGACCCUGACAAGGAUCUCUUAGGAGAAGGGACUCCUGUUAUUCUCACGAAGCUCAACCUCUCCGAAGCGAUCAAAGACAGCAUCCUCGUCAAUUUCGGCGAGUGCGGUCUCGCCUCUUGUCUCGGAUCCUUCCACGUCGCGUAUGUGAACCCGGUCACGAAGCUAUGCAUUGUAAGAUCGUCGAGAGAUGAACACAGACGAGUUUGGUCGGCGAUGACGCUGGUCAGAAGCGUCGGGAACUGCCCCGUGGUGUUUAACUUGCUCGAUAACAGCGGUUGUGUUAGAGCGUGUCGAGACGCGGCCUUGAAGUGCGAGACGGAGAAGUUUAAUCAGUCUGGUAAAGGAUUGUCUGAAGAGGAGGUUCGAGAGAUGAAUAGGUGUUUAGAUAAGCUCAAACUAUUGUAAUAACUCGAUUUUUUCGAAUUUGACCCCUAAGUUUUCAAAAUGUGCAAUCCUCCCCUUGUCUUAUAUACUGUUGCGAUUUGAUCUGGAUAUUUAUGGCAUUUUUUGUGAGACUCGGAAACUCAAGGGGCACAAGUGCAAAGUCGUCUUAAUUAAUAAACUCAAAAUUAUAUAAUUGGAGGAGCCAUUAUCGUCUCUGAAGUUAAACUCUUCUGUGGAGGAGAAGAAUCGAAUCGGAAAAUGAGAACCCCAAGAACCCUGGAGGUUUGGAGGCUAGGCACUGUCAACUAUUUGAAGUCCCUCAAACUUCAAGACAAGUUAGUUUCCGAGAGAAAAGCUAAUCGAAUCCCCGACACUCUGCUCUCGCUUCAGCAUCCACCAACUUACACCCUCGGAAAACGUAGAACCGAUCACAACCUCCUCAUCCCUGAAGCUGAACUCAAGAGCAUUGGAGCUGAGCUUCAUUAUACUCAGAGAGGAGGAGAUAUCACUUUCCAUGGCCCUCACCAAGCCGUCUUAUACCCUAUCCUUUCCUUACGCAGCAUAGGCUUUGGUGCUAGGAGCUAUGUAGAGGCAUUGGAGCGGUCGAUGAUCGAAUUUUCUUCGAUAUAUGGGGUGAAAGCUCGUGCAGGAAACAAAUGUGAGACUGGGGUUUGGGUUGGGGAUAGAAAGAUUGGUGCUAUUGGUGUUCGUAUAUCCUCUGGAAUCACUUGCCAUGGUCUGGCCUUCAACAUAGAUCCUGAUAUGAAGUACUUUGAGCACAUUGUUCCCUGUGGAAUUGCUGAUAAAGAAGUUACAUCUCUGAGAAGAGAGACGGAUGCUCAGCUUCCUUCCGAAGAAUUGAUUCAUGAGCAGUUGGUUUCCUCUUUGGCCAAAGUGUUUUCGUAUGAUGAUGUUGUGGUGAAGGAAGAUCCUUCAGCCAUUUUGGACAACCUGGAGGAUAACGACUAAUACUACAUUCAUAAAGUUCUCUUUCUAUGCACUUGAUUUGAGAUUUGUAACACUUUAUAUCAUUUGAUCAUCUAUAAAACAUUCAUCAA